UGUUGUUGAACAUUUUCUUGACUUUACUCGACUUUUAUUGAUCACGUAAAAUGUUAUCCAGGAACUUUCUGAAGUAAUACUAGGCUACAUGAGACGUUUAUUUGUUCUAACUUACGUUUGGAUAUUUAAAUAGAUGUUUGAUUGCUCUGGUCUAGGGGCGCAUCAGUUGCAGUCUUGAGAAUCGAAUUUUCUCUCGGCAACUCAUUACUAGCUGUCAUUAUCCGAACACUGCAACAAAGUUGUCAAACUGUACCCUACAACAUUUCAUGCCAUACAAAGAAACAAUGGCUUCCGCAAUGGAUCAGGACAAAGCUAGCCCGUCCCCCUCCACCCUCCAGGAGUCCCCAGGUCGACCGCCUCUCUGUACUUUACUGAUGGUUCUGGUCGACUGCAGGAAAACACCGGGGCAGAGUGGAACUGAGAGACGAGAAGGGCAAGAGGAACAUGGAGAUAUGAUUUCAUUAAGUAAGAACCAUGGGGACAUCCCUAAUCGUUGCUCUCUAAGUGGGAGGGGCUUAUCAUCUGGGGAGCCUCAACAACAACAUGAUGCUGACAAGAAAGAGAAGAGUCUCUCCAGAUCAGAACACGUCAAACACCAGCAUAGAGGUAUAGGGAAGAAACCUCACCACUGCUGCUCUGACUGUGGGAAGAGUUUUGCUAAACAGGACUUGACAAAUCAUGAGCAAAUUCACACUCUAGAGCAUGCAUCUAAUACCUUAAAAUCUCAGAGAAUUCAUUCAGGGGAGGGACCUUAUACCUGCUUUGAUUGUGGGAAAUACUUAAAUCAGUCAGGAGCCCAGACUAACCACAAACACACAGGAGAGAAGCCUUAUAGCUGUGUUCAGUGUGGGAAGAGCUUCAAUCAUUCAGGAUCCCUGACUCUACACCAACGCAUACACACAGGAGAGAAGCCUUAUAGCUGUGAUCAGUGUGGGAAGAGCUUCAAUCAUUCAGGAAACCUGACUACACACCAACUCAUACACACAGGAGCGAAGCCUUAUAGCUGUGAUCAGUGUGGAAAGAGCUUCAGUCGAUCAGGAGACCUGAUCAUACACCAACGCAUACACACAGGAGAGAAGCCUUAUAGCUGUGAUCAGUGUGGGAAGAGCUUCAGGACGAUCAGGAUCCCCUGACUCU